ACGUCACCUGGCACGCUAACCUCGUAGUACUUAGCUGAAGGCGGGGAUUAUUCGUUCUCUCCUUCUUCGUCAGAGCAGACUGUUCGUGGUUGUCUCUACGCGGCGGUGGCUGUUGUUGCUGCGUGUGUGAGCGGGAACAGGUAAGGUACUUGAACGAACAGGUUAUUGGACGGUUCUCAGUCAGAUCCUUAGUUUCCAGCCUCACGGGCUCCUUAUUAUUUUUGGAUUCAGACACAAUCUUUUUUUCGAGUCUAGUACUACAGUGUCCAAGUCGUUUUCACAUCCACACUUAAGCCGAGAUUUAAGAGAUGACUUCCCGACACGACUCUUCAGGAAUGGGUCUUCUCUCAGCCAAUUCGUCCUUAAACCUACCAUCCAGUCUUGGACGGAUGAACCCAGGUUCCACCUCUAAGUUUAGUCAUCAAGGCUCUCAUGGCAUGCGGUCUCCCAACUCUUCUCAAGGCUUGCCGCCUAUAUUUGGCCAUGGUAACAGACCUGCUUCCCCUUCAUCUCCUCGGCAGAGGAUAAACCCUGAUGAGACCAGUGAGGUUUUGGCCAGCUUUGGUCUUUCCUCCAGGGAUUUGGUUGAAUUGAGUCGCUACCCUGCGGAAAAGAUCACUCCUAAAAAUUUGCCGCAGAUCAUUCUGGAUAUUAAAAGGAAGAGGUCAGAAGAUAUGGCGCUAAAAAAUUUGAGAGAGGGGCCUUCUCGCGAGCCAUUGAGAGUUUCUAGUGAUGACACAAGACCCUUCAGAAGAGAUCAUUUUAAUGAUCGCUCACCAGGUCUUGACAAGGUGGUUGACUUUGGCCGUGGGAGCCGUUCUGAAGAUGCUGACUAUCGCGAUAGACUCGUGUUUGAGGGCCGGUUAAGAGAACGGGAGAGGCUUAGAGAAGAGCGUUUCCGAUAUGAUGCGUCUUAUCAUAAAGUUGAUGACUAUAAACGCAUGGGCUUCAGCCGGUCGCAAGAAAGAUCUAUGCAUGAGAAGAUCAGAGGAAUGCCUUCCAAUAGAAAUAUUGAUGAUUUCCAUGGAGUGCCACCCAAAGGCUUUCCUUAUCUCUGUUCUCUCUGUGAUAUAGAAAUUAUUUCGCAUCAGAAUUGGGAUGACCAUGUUCAGGGUCGGGCACAUUGUAGACAACGCCUCCAGCUGCUUGAAAUAUAUCCAGACUGGACUGGACCUGUACUGGACGAUUCCCAUACACUGCGGCGUCCCAAAAUUGUGCCAGCACGGAUGCGUGUGGGAGGUGGUCCCAUACGUCGAAGCGGAGGUCAGAUGGGUUACUUAGGUGCCGGAACUGGAGGUAUGCCAGGACCAAAUCUCAUGAAAAAGGGAAAGGUACCUAGCAGAGUGGUUCUUAUCAAAGGCUUUGAGAAGGGAAAGAGAUUGAAGUUUGAGCUUCUGAAACUUGCAGAGUCAUUUGGUGUGAUUAGCAACUUUUUGAUUAUAAGUAAGAAGAAUGAGGCUCUCAUUGAAAUGUCCACUCCUGAAGAAGCUACAGCUGUCAAAGAUUACUACCGUACACAUCCAGCUAUUGUAAACGGAAAGAGAGUUGGAGUUCACAUAUCUCAGAAAUUUAAGUUUAUUAAGAAACCAGACUGGAAGGCUGACAACAAACCUAAUGCGAGACCAGAGUUUGGUUCUGUUGUACAUCUCACCAACUUGCCCAGUUCUCGCUUUAGUGACACUGCAGUCACAAUGCUGGCCGAGGCAUAUGGCAAAGUGAAAACUUAUAUAUUAAUGAAACUGAGGAACCAGGCUUUUAUUGAAAUGGAGAAGCCGGAAGACGCUACUACCAUGGUAGAACAAUGUGCGAAAAUUCCUCUAAUGUUUAAAGGAAAUAGAGUGAAUGUAGAAAUCUGUUCAAGAUAUAAGCAUCUUGUUCUAAAAUUUCCAAACAAGAAUCUGAAGCAGCUGCAGAAAGAUAAAAACAGUAGAAAGAAAAGCACUCAGAACGCUGAAAGCGGAGACGGAGAGAAUACUUCUCCAAUGGUCGCCACAGAGGAUGACUGCCAGGACGAGACUGAGCCGAAAGAUUCUGUGACAGACGCGUGUGAGCCAGCAGUUGAAGAUGAGGAUGAAACUGCCGCUCUUAUGAAAACCAGCAGCUCUACUGGCGAUGGUGCAAAAGUGGCUGACACAAGUGAUAUUGACAUGAAAGACGAGGAGACAGCUGAGGCAGAAGGGCCAAACGCCUCUACUCCUAUUGCUAAAGUAACGGCUGACAAAAAGAAGAAACCAGAUGGGAAGGCUGACCAGAAACCUAAACUGAAACCAGGGUUUGGUCGUAUUCUGCAUUUCAGCAACUUGCCCACUUUUGGCUAUACUGACGCUGCAUUUAUGAAGCUGGGCAAAGCAUGUGGAAAAGUGAUAACGUAUAGAAUAAUGAGAGUGAAGCACCAGGGUUAUAUUGAAAUGGAGAAGCCGGAAGAUGCUAAUACCAUGGUACAACGCUGUGCUAAGAGACCUCUGUGGUUUUACGGAAAGAGAUUGAAAGUAGACAUCUGUAAACAAUUUGAGAGUCUUUCUCUAAAAUUUCCAAGCAUGAAUCUGCAGCAGCUACGGAUAGAAUAUAACAGAAAGCGACCUCGCUCACCAGACAGCAAGGAUGGUGCUAAACAGAAGCAGAGGAAGACUGAAACCAGCAAGGGGAAAAGAAAGAUGGCGCACGACUAUCCUGGAGAUAUUGAGGAAUUUGUUACUGUUGAUGACUGUGACGAUGAAGAGGCAGAGCAAGAAAACAAAGCUGACGCACAACAGGAACCAGAAAGCGCCGACUCUCCUAUGACUCCAGAAAAUGCGACUGAAACAGAGUGCCCCAAAGAUCUUGGGCCUUUUAAACCCAAUAAUCCUGUUGGAGUGGACUAUGUGGUUCCUGCCUUCUUUUGCACGCUGUGUUCCUUCUACACGUGUGAAGAUGUGGCAAAAGUUAAACAUUGCAGCAAGUUGUCGCACUAUAACAAACUGAAGAAAGCGAUGAAAGAGACGUCAAAGGUUCCAGAGAAGAAAAACUAACCCGUCAAAGGAUGUUUUUGUUUUAUCUUUUUAUUUUGCAGCAUACGAGAUUACUAAAGGUUACUGUUUUGUUGCAGUUAAAGUGUAAAGUGUGUUUUAUUCUUUAUUAUGAAAAGACCAAUAGAACAGUUUUAAUGUUUUCAAAUUCUACAAGUUCCUCAUUUGUCACAUGAAAGCCAAGGUCUGAUUCUCAAACAUACCAAUCUGUGAUCAGCUUUUGUUUCUGCUUCAAGUCGUCCCCUGCCCAAACACUUCUUCCCCACUUUGGAACCUGAAGUAAAUCUGUUUACACCAUGGUUUUGGCCAUUUUGGUGCUUUACCAAUGUUCCACUGAAGUCAAAGACCUCACUGAAGUAUGGACUGUACUCCUGAGGCCCUAAUCGUAGUGAUUAUCUAGAUGGCGUUUCCAGAAAUAAUGGUUCUGCUCAUGGAGUAUAAGCUGCUCCCUGCAACAAGCGUUUUAUAGAGCAGAAAAUGCUAACUUGAGGUGAGAAAUGGAGAGCAGACCUUUUUGACAAUCUUGUUACCCUAUGGCCAAAUGAUCAGAUUCCUCUAAGCAGUGUUGCUGGUAGUGGAACCCUAGUAAACAAGUGUUUUCCUCUUCUGUGAUCAUGCCAUGGGGUUCCCAGGAAAUUCUGCAGAAAUGUGCUUAUUCUUUAUGUACUUAGAGCAGUUCCUAAAUAAAUCCUUUUGUUUCUUGAAAACCAAAA